CGCGCGUGUGCACAGUCAGCGCUGUCGGCUCACCUUCAAUGCAGCUGGUCUGGCUUGCAAGUCAUCAUAAACCCUCCACGUAUCAAUCGACUUCGCCCCGUCACCUUCUGUCAUUCUGCCGACGGCAAUAGCAUCAGUUGAUCUGUCGAAAUCUCUAGGAUUAAAAUGAGUAAAGACGACAUUCCCGAUUUCCUCGCAGAACAGCGAGAUGAAGCUCCAGAAGAGCUUCAACCCCUCAUCCUUGACUUUGAGAACUUCUGGGAGCGCAAACUCUGGCACCAGUUGACCGAUGCUCUCAUCAAGUUUUUCGACCAUCCUGGUAGUGGCCCGCAACGAUUGGCCUUUUACAAAGUUUUCAUCCUCAAGUUUGCGGACAAGAUCAACAAAUUAAAGCUUGUCGAUCUUGCUUUGAAGGCCGCAACACAAUGCAAGGAUGAUAAUGAACGACUAGUAUUCCUACAAGCUGUUGCUAAGAAAGUCGACACACCUGACUCUCAAGACGCUCUGGUCUACGCUUCAGUGGCGGUCGCCCAGGUCAAGCUCAGCUUGAAUAAGCUAGAUGACGCAAGAAAGGACCUCGAUAGGGCUGAGAAAAUCUUGGAUUCUUUUGACUCCGUUGAGGUUAUUGUUCACGCCGCCUUCUACGAUGCAAACGCUAGUUACUACCAGCGUAAGAUGGACUUUGCCAACUAUUAUCGUACUGCGCUCCUCUACCUCGCCUGUGUCGAUCUUGAGGCUAUGACCGGAAAGGAGCGUCACCGACGAGCUUACUAUCUAAGCGUUGCUGCACUUGUUUCGAAUAGCAUUUACAACUUUGGCGAACUUCUUCUGCACCCCAUUCUCGAUGCAUUGGCUGAAAGCGAAGAUGACUCAUGGCUACGAGAUCUGCUCUUCGCAUAUAACCGUGGAGAUUUAGCGGCCUACGAACAAUUAUCCGAUCGAAUCGAAUCGAACAAGUUGCUGGACGACAACUCUACACAUUUGCGACAAAAGAUAUACUUGGCCGCUUUGACAGAGGCCGUCUUUCGCCGACCGCCUCAUGACCGAAACAUGUCUUUUACGACCAUUGCUCAAGAAACGAAAGUACGACCAAACGAAAUAGAACAUCUUAUUAUGAAAGCCUUGAGCUUGGGACUACUCCGUGGCACCAUUGACCAGGUGAAUGAAGUGGCACACAUCACAUGGGUGCAGCCCAAGGUUUUAGACAUGAGACAGAUUGCUGGUAUGCGAGAGAGACUGUUGGACUGGGACUCCAACGUGAACAAGCUCGGAAACUGGAUUGAAAAGGCUGGUGGUGACGUUUGGGCGGCAUAGAUAUCAAUGAAAAAAAAGAAUCAAUAGAGUACCUUGCGUCGUCAGUCCCCCAGCGACCUUCACACAACGAACUCUAGGGGCAACUUCUUGUAUUAAUACAGCUGAGAAUUUAUAAAUUCUUAUCAGUAACCGCUCGUCGCUGUACAUUCUAUGCAGUUCCUAGCACAUUGAUCAUUCCUAUCAGCCAAGCGGGCCACCAUACGCACCAAAUUACGACCGGUGUAUACAUGCCCCAUACAUCCCAACCGAAGCUCGCUUCAGUCAAAAUGCUUUCAGCGCUAAUUCCUGUAAUUUGACAAAUGACUUGCAGCAGCGUGGCCGGGGAGACGAUGCUCAUUAUGCCAGCUAGUGUCCACCGCAGGAAUGGGUUUGUGCUUGACUGGACGAAGCUCAACGGGCUGCAAACUAUACCAACCAGGAAUGCCAAAGAGAAGUUUAGCGUGGCAAGGGUUGCAAGUGACAUGCCCAAAAAUAGCAAAGAGAAUGAUUUAAUGAGCUGGUACUGCUGCACUGUUGGCUUGUAGCAGGAUAGAACAAGUGAUGCUGCCACAGGCAACGCCGCGGAGGCUACCGUGAAUACUGUGAAGGCAGGGGCCAGAGUCUAAAAUGUUAGAUCAGGAAGUAAUGUUUUAACAAUAGAAGCGUACCUUGGCGGAGAGGUUGUUAAACAAGUACAGCGGAAUGGUCGAAAGAGCAUGGCCAAGCACAACAACUGCACAUGGCAGAAACAGGUCACGUUCAACGGCUGGUGUAGAAAUUGAAACACCUCUGGUAGCUGACUUGCUUUUAAAAUCCUUCUCUUUCAAUGGAGCUGGUGGCUGCCCGGAUUUGACCCAGAGGAAAAUUGCCAUGAUGCUAAAGUUGGCUGCUAGCAGCAUAGCACUCGGCAGGUAUGUGCCGAUGCUGACAAAGCGAUCUUUGUGCAUCAAGAGAUAGAAAAAGAAGCUCUGGUGCAAAUGUUCCAGCAGAUUGUUAAGGCUGCGGAAGGUCCCCUCUACGACACGGCCCAUCGCCAUUUCAUCGUGCCAGCCUUCACCCCGUGGCUGGAGAGUAACGGCGUCCACAUGAUAGGGAAUGAAACAGCUGUGAGGCCCGGUAGAGUAUCCAAGACCUUGGCGCAGCAUUCCUCUGAAAAUUGUCUGCAAACGAUCUUGGUAGUUGUUCGCGUGUUUCUCCAAAUCCUGGAUACCAGUGUCGAUCCCCAUUUGUCCACCAGCGAUGUUCACGAUUGAGUUGAUAAGAUCGAGAUUGGGUAGCUGGCCGUUUGUACCAUCGUAAACAAUGUGAAGGCUUUCGAACUUGUUAUCAAACGGAUAAUCAAUGGCGAGAGCGCCUUGUAGAGCACCAGAUUUGAUUGGUAGCGGUGCCACCUUGUUGGGGUCAUGGG